GAUCUGUGAAAGAAGGUUUAAAAACGUGGAGUAGCAUUGAUAAAAACAUAGAAAAAGUAUAUGCUGAAGAACCACCAAACAGCAAUCAAAAGAUGAGUAUCAAACAAAAAAAAGAUUCCGGAAUUCCUCUUGGCAUUACCGCACCAUUCAGAUCCAUCCGUGGAUGG